AUGAAUCUCAGUUUAGAUUAUGAACAAUUUGAUGAUGAUAACAAAUAUGAUUUCGUUGACGAGAGAAAUGUAUUUUACAAUUAUACACUAAAUGGAACUGAUAUUGGAUACGGCCAUAUAAACUCAUACAUUAGAAUUACAUUCGUUCUUUUACUUAGGUUAGGUUUUGUUUUGGUACAAAUGGGUACCGUACCUGUUGAAAAUGUCUACAGAAUAUCAUUUUUCAAUAUUUUCGAAAUUGGAAACGUCAUUAUGUCCUAUUUUUUGAUCGGACAUAUGCUUUCAUUUGGAAAGUCUACUUACAAAGGUUGGUUGGGAUAUUCGUACAAUUUUUCAUAUAAUUUGGACGGUGCAUUAUACGGAUUAUGUGCUUGUUUAAUAGGAUCCUCGCAGAUAUCAUGUUUCUUGGUGGGAAGAGUACAUCUUGCGUGUUCUGUAUUUACGACGCUUCUCUAUUGCUCUUGGUAUCAACCGUUCUUAAUUCAUUGGAUAUGGAGCACCAAUGGAUGGAUGAAUAAAUCGAAAUUGAUGGGUUCUAAAGUAUCAGUCAAAGAUUAUGGAGGGAAUUUGGUUAUACACCUAUCGAGCAGCAUAAUAGGAACCAUAGGUUCGUUGUUUUUGGGUAGAAGGCUUAUAAAAAUGGAUGACUUGGAUGAACAUUCUUUGGGACGUGAGCAUUCUGGUAAUACUAUGGUUGGUUUAGUAUUUAUCGUGCUCGGAUACAUUGCAUUCAAUUUACCUACGCCUUUUUUCGAAGCAAAUCGGAAACCCCAUAAUUAUGUAGGAGUGAUCCUGACCAACAACCUUAUAGCAUUUGGAGCAGGUAUUUUGAUAGUGUGCCUUCUACAUUUGAUAAUCUUUCGCAGUAUCUACAAUUAUUGGAUUAUUGUGAGAUGUUUCCAAGGAGGAAUAGCUGGAAUAAUAUCAAUUGCCGCAGCAGUGGAUAUUUAUACUUAUUUGGAAAGUUUGGGAAUAUCGGCAAUAACUUCCAUAUUUUUCUUCUUCUUUUCCAUAUUGAUACAUAAUACUGCUUUAGAAGAUUACUGUAACCUUAUCUCUUCGCAUUUAAUCGGAUCCAUUAUAGCUGUAAUGGCGUGUCCGUUAUUGGCGAAUAAACAAAAUUUCGAAACGAAAUUUCGUAAAGUUCAUAUACUCUGGCAGUUUAUUUGUCUAUGCGUGGUUAUAGCUAUUACCACGGUAUUUGCUUGGUUUGUUUUUCUCAUUUUUGCACUUUGUAAAUUGCUCAGAAAUAAACACGAAGUACUGAAUCAUCGCAGAGCGGUUAUGAUAAAAAGAUAUUUACCUAAAAAAGGACUUCUAGAAAGAUUGUUUAUGAUUGAUAGCAAAACGGAUCAUAUCGAACCUGGAGAGGAAAAAAGAAAACAAUAUAUGGUUGAUAAACAGACUUUUACAUAA